UUGCGCAGACUCAUAGUCGUUGACACCAGCUAACAAAAUGGCGUCGAACAUGUUUCUUUUUUGGGGUUCUGGUAGUGUUCCCUGCUGGAAACCAAUGAUAGCUUUGGAAGAAAAGGGAUUCGGUGGUUAUCCGAACAAACUUAUCAAAUUCUCCGAGAAGGAACACAAAGCAGAGGAUGUCAUGAAACUGAACCCCCGUGGACAGGUGCCAACAUUUAAAGAUGGGGAUAUUGUAGUGAAUGAGUCUGCGGCCAUUUGUGAUUACUUGGAGCGUAGAUAUUGCAACCAAGGAACACAACUGAUUCCAUCCGAUGUCAAGGAACAAGCUAAUGUUUUACAAAGGAUGUAUGAAGUUUCUAAUGUAGAAGGUAAUAUAUUGAAAGAGCUGGUAUAUUAUAUUUUUCAUACCAAGAAAGAAGAUCAAGAUGAGGCAUUGUUAAAAGAAAAAUAUGUAAAGGGUCGAGCAGAAUUACAGAUUUGGGAAGGUUACAUGGAAAAGAUGGGAAGUGGAGCUUUUAUUGCAUCCAAGAGUUUCAGCAUGGCCGACGUCUACUUCUUUCCUUAUUUGGCAUUUUUUGUUCGUCUUGGACUGAACCUGAGUAAAUUCCCAGCAUUGUCUGAAUAUUAUAAUCGUGUAAAAGAUCGUGCUUCAGUGAAAAAUUCCUGGCCACCUCAUUGGGCAGAGGAACCAUCAAAAGCUGAUUUUAUGAGUAAUAUUUAGAGGCUGGUAUCCUCUUUUAAUGCUAUCUAGAUUAAAUUUUACUAACAAAGCUAUGAUGAUUACAUUGCUUCAUUUGUAUAUGCUUUCCAACAAAUAAAUGAAUCUUAAAUUUUGUUGAUCUGAAUUACUAAUUUUCACUUUAAUUAUAGAAUUUUCUACCAUACAAAUAUAUUUGUUUUACAAGAGAAGAUUUAAUCAAUUGUCUGUUUUAUUGAAAAAUUUAGAAUUACAUGUAUAUAGAGGUUUAAUUUCGGUUACAUUUUGUUGAACUUCUUUAACAACAUAGAAGAAUUUUUCUUUGAAUAUAUAGAAACAAUACAGAUAAAUAAUGUGUCACAUUCCAUAUGAAAUCCUCUAGCUGUUUUAGAUUCUUUAUGUAUCUAAUAUUAAAAUAGCUUCCACACUUUGAAUAGAAGUGUAUUCGCCCAGGUUUAGGGGGAAGCAGGUGGAAUCCAAAUGGUCUAACACAUGCACUUUAGAUCAUAAGACCUGCCAUUGAGUCAAGUAGUGUUGUUUCAAUCCCUACAAGGUGUAGGGUCGCCUGCACAACCUUUCUUUGGAUCCUCCGAUUUCCACCCACUGUUAAAGAUCCCUACGUGGAAGUGAAUUGCAUGUUAAACUCUAUCUGUAUUCAUUUGAAAUUUUGACAUGGUUGAUAAAUCAUAAUUUAUAUGAUUUGAUUACAGUUGUGAUAAAUUUGUUAUAAAUUUUGUAAACGUUAAAAGAUACAUCUAUAUGUUAAUCGUGUCAUUGAGAUUCAAUUUGUUGACUUUUGCUAAAUAUGUAUAUUAAGAUAUACUUUUGUAUUUCUUAUAUUUAUAAUCACUGAAUAAACUUAAUUUGCAUUUA